AUGGCUGAAACACUGCUGGGCAAGAGUGGCCGGAGAAAGAGCUUCUCUUUCUUUCACUCACACUCUCACCAGCUGUCCUCCUCCUCUUCCAACUCUUGCUCUGGCUCUGGCUCUGGCUCUACCUCCACCGCCGCCGCCGCCCACGACCGAUCUGCGUCCGAUGAACUGCCCACAUUGAAGCGAGCGCGUCGCAAUUCCUCGUUUUUUGGCAGUCGAGAUCCCAGCCCCAAAGGACCAACACCAAAUGUCCUGCGCCGCCCGCAGACCUCAGAGUCCGAAGUCAUGUUUGGCGCUCCAGAUGCUCUGAAACAAAAGCGCAAGUCGCUGCAGCUGUCGAAACGCUCUUCCGUGUUCGGCUCCUUCCGUUCCCUGCAGUCGUUCGAGGACGAUGACAGAGCCCUGGCCACCCAGAGAUCACGUGGUCCUUCCAUCGACGACAGCUACAACUACAACAGCAACAACGCCGACGUCAAUAUCACCAACCUUUCGUCCUCUCAUACAAGAAGGCUGCUGGGCCAUGUGGUUUUGCAUCAUGGAGAGGUCCAGACAGCCGGCACCAUGUGGCGGAAGAGAAACCACUAUCUGGUGCUGACGGACACGCACUUGAUUCGUUUCAAGAGUCAACACAAAGCAGCCGAUUUCUUCCCAACCAUCACUGUGCCUUCUACUCGUCCGACCCCAGUCAACCGCCAGUCUGUCGUCUCUGUUGCAUCGUUGCAGGACCAUACCGUCUCUGCUCACAGUGGCGACGUCGCUGCCAUUGCCUUGAAUAGCAUUGUGUCUGUCAAUGGACUUGAGGAGGGACGAAACCAAACCACCAUUGAACUGUCCUACUUGGAUGACCGCACCAACAAAGCAGCCCUCAUGGCAAUUCAACUGACCGACCCCGACGAGCAGAACCUUUGGCUAAUUGGUAUUCGCGCCGCCGCCCAGUCAGCUCGCACUGCAGAGCCCUUGCCUUUCGAGACUAAAGCGGUGGAGUAUGUCGCGCGAAUCUUGGAACAGGACCGAGACUACGACCCGGAGUAUUUCAAUAUCUUUCGAGUUGUCCAGAGAUCUUCCAAGCAAAAUAUCCGAACCUCGGCCGAUGAUUUGGGAAAGCUGUCGGCGACAAUGUGCUAUCUUGCAAUUGGCCUGCACAAAAUCCACUUGAUUCCUCUGCAGAAAGGCUCUAGCCGGUCAUCUCUCAUCUCUCUCAAUGAACUUGAUUUAGGGGCAUCUCUUGGCUUGAUGUCAUUAACGUUUUUGAUGGUGCACUCUGGCGAUGAUAGAUUUCAAUUGACUUUUCGCGUUCCAUUACAAAGUCCAAUACAAGUGAACUUGGCCUCUGUUCAUUCGACUGACAUCGCAUUAUGGAUUCGGCAGCGAACCGAGUUUUUGCGUCCGCUCUGGCUGCACCAACCGUACGAACUCAUGGUUCCUCCCGAUGUUGCUGACGAGGACCUUUCUCCGGUCACAGCCCUCGAUGAAGAUUUUGGCUGCUUUGAUAGAACAUUGAUUGCAUAUUCGGCGAGCUACGACAUUGACACUUCCAACAUCCGGUAUACUAUCGAUCUCGAGUGUGAAGAUGCUCCUUGUUUAAGGCUACUUUCUCCUGCCUCAAAGAAACGCAGUCAUUACAAUGUCCUUGAAUUGUUAGCUGUAAUGCGUGCACUGCGGUAUAACGAAUCAUUUUGUUCGAUUUCAUUCAGUGGUAUCAGUCUCGACGCCCUGCAGAGCUGUCGCGACCGCUUUGGGCCAGAUUGGAAUGCUUUCACAACCCGAGCUGGAGCCCAGGUUAGUAUUGCUGGCCAGGAUCGCUUGUCUGUGUUGUCUCAGGAGAUCCGGGCUUUGGCCUUGAAGAGCAGGCGGUUAAGGAGACUCGACUUUUCAUUUUGUCUGUCUCGAAUUCCGAUUUCCGAUAGAGGCGCCCGUGACCCCGGUUGCGGCAUCCCAGAAGCAAUCUUCCCUCUUUGCCGCCGACAGCUUACCAACGUGGAUUGGAUUGUUUUGAAUGGUAUUAAACUAGGUGAUUCUGAUUUGGAUUAUAUCGUGGAUGCUGCUUCACAAAGAGCUAGUCAUCUUCGAGCGUUGGAAGUAGGGGACUGCGGGCUCUCUGUUCACGAUUUGGACCUUGUUUUGUCGACCUUGACUGCCCAGGAGACAACGCUGGAAGCUGUCAAUAUCUCUGGAAUUCAAGGGCGUCUCAGUCCAGAGCUAUUUCAUCAGCAGAUUGGUUACUUUGGACAAAUUCGAAAGAUAAACCUAACUCGUGUUGCCAGGACGUCUGGGGUGGAGCCACUUAUUGCUCCUGAGACGUUGUUGAAUUGGCGACUGGAGGAACUUUCUCUCAGUCAAACGGCAGUCAACAAAGAGACCGUGGAAUCGAUUGCCGCAUAUUUAGUCAGCGACCGUUCUUCAUCCCUCCGGAUUCUUCGUUUCGACCAGUGCGGACUGACAGGUGCAGAUGUCGCUACUUUUCUACACUGCAUGACUCGGCCCGCGGAUCAGGUUCGCAAUUUGCAUCUUCAUGUUAGCGAAAAUCAUUUGGAUACCAAUUAUGGCCUGUUAUUCAAGGCUAUCGCAGAUAAUAACACGCCAACGCACAUGUCUAUGCGCAUGAUUGACUUUAAGAAGGAGGACCAUUUCCGGGAACUUAUCGAGGCGUUGAGGAAGAACACGUCGUUGAAGUAUCUGGACAUUUCGAAGGCCUCUCUUCCGUACGAUGCCGGACCUGAGACAUGCGAGGCAUUGCAACUAAUGUUUGAAGAGAACGAGACCUUGGAAGAGUUGGAUAUUAGUGGCGAAUAUGCCCAUUUGGACGUCGCUCGGUAUGGUAUUGGGCUUAACCAAGCACUGACAGGAUUGAAGAAAAACAAGUCCUUGAAGGUACUCCGAAUCGAGCAUCAGAAACUAGGACUACAGGGUGCCAACACUUUGGCUUCUGUUUUGGAGGAGAAUACGAGUUUGCAGGAGGUUUACUGUGAGAACAACGACAUGAAUCUCCAGUCCUUCACAGUGCUCGUGAACGCGCUCCAGCGUAACGACUCGAUAACCUUUCUCCCUGAUAUGAAUGCUGAUCGGCACCAAUCUCUGGAGAGAGUUCGCAGGGAGUUUAUCAACGUUAAGCGCGAUGCGUCGUCACACCAACCGAAUCUAGCCACCACUUCUAUUCGCCGCUCGAUUCACGCUGCGAUAACGAUUGGGCAGCCGUCUGGGGGUCAUAAACUUGCCAAAUCAAACCUCGCUGUUCGGGCCCAGAAAGACGGUCACUACUUGCCGGCUGCGACACUAUUAGAAUCUUCAAGCUCAGAGUCCAUGGGCCAAGAGGUUGAAAGUACACUCCGCUCUUUGAAUAGAAAAUGGGACAUUGAAGUUGACCGACUGCAUCGAUAUCUGUACAAGAAUUACUGCUCGUUGCAUGGUAUUCCGUUUGAUUCUGCCGAAUACAGGGACUAUUCUGAUGUCAAUAUAGUGGAUGAUUCUCCUCCAGUCACAUCAGCAAGCCUCACGGCGGCGCUAGGCGAGCUUGACAUUAAUGCCAUCCCACAUGAGUCAAUUGUUAUACCUCGAUUUGAUAGCGAAAAGGACGCCAUGGAAGAGCAUAGUAGUUCGGGGAGUUCAUCGCCGGUGGUUACCAUGUCCAGCGUCAAUUCUACGCCCACUGUGGAAUCACUCAAAUACAUGGAUGCAUUGCAAUCUCUUUCCCCGGCGUCGAGUGCGUCAGAUAAGGCCUUCCUUACUACUACCUCUACUACCACGGCUACUACGAAGAACUAUUCCGCUUCACAGCACUCAUCGUCUCCCCAAUUAUCGCUACCAGUGCCACCAUUCUUCGGAGCUCCGCCGCCUCCAAAGGACAACAGAGCAGCCAGUAUUCACAGCAACGGCAGCUCGAGCAACAUGUCAACAAGCACGGGGCCUCGAGCGCCGAGUUUUCGCAGUACUGGCGGUAGUGGUGGCAGCAGCUCGAAUACCUCUUCAUUACGGAAACUGCUCACCAGUCGUCCGACAUCUGCCAUGCGAGGAAUGCGUCAGAUUAGCAACAGCAGCCAUAUGAAUAGUGGCAACUUCUCCUCUUCUCGAAAGAAGCCAAUGACUAAAUCAGUUAUUAGUGAUGAGCCGCCGCGUAUCAUUUGGUCGCCUCCAGAGGUCAAUUUAUAA